AUGCAGUGUUUGCGUCAUGUUCCAUACGCAUCAUGGCGUUUGACGGUGUACCGACAGAUUUUCCCGUCCCCUCAUCCCAAUACCUUGUCUUUCAGUCCUCGACGUACCAUCUCAUCCACGACGACUCAAUCCCAAGCACAACAGCACCACCAAGACGCAACACACGCAGAGCAACCCAACAAUGACUCCCCAGAUACACCUACGCCCCGACCCUCCGACCAACUCCCUCAAUCCCCCCUCCUCACGCACCCGCAUAUCAACCCCGUGAAGAAGCACAAAAAGCGCCCCCCAACCGCCGAAGACCUGAACCGCCUCCGCAAGAAUCCCUGGGCGCAAGCCCUCGCCUCGCCCAUCCGAAUGUGCACCAUUACAGCCGCCCGAUCGCCCCGGGAUCUGCUGACCACAUGGGGCCUGGUCCAGCGUCCCAAUUCCAAGGGACUCUGGAUAAUGCCCGUGGAUUUGCUAAAGGAUGAACUGAGCGGGCUCGAGUCCCCCAAGGGCCAGAAACCCGCGCCGCCAACCGAAUCCUCUCAAGAACCACAGGACUCGGGGUCGGGCUCAUCUCCGUCCCGGGCGCUGCAGCACCUGUCGGUGCGGGUCAUCGAUAGUAUCCAGCUGAUGCGGAGGCUGUGCCGGGCGAUGGCGUCGCAUAGCAUCGGGUAUUACUCGGGCCUGAUGAAAGCCAUCCCGUAUCGGUAUAAGCAUCCGAUAGGCCCGCUGACUCCAAGCCACGCGCGUCAGCUGGUGUGGAGGCAAGAUAUGCCGACGUUUGUACUGAAGAGAAUGCGAGUGGAGGCGGCGAAGCGGUUGUUGAAAACCACUGGCCAGAAGCGUUCAAAGCUUGGUCAUCAGAGCGGAGUGUGGCAGGCGGUUGAAAUUGAGGCCCAGGUGUCGGAGGAGACCCUGAAAAAGGGGCUGGAGGGGAUGAAGGCGUUUGAGCGCAUGGAGUGCGGCGCCGUGAUCGUUAUGAAAGAGCAGGAAAUAGAUAAGGACGCGCUGCCGCAGCUGGUGACUCUCCCGCAGACUGGAUCGCGUGUCCCCGUAUUUGAUCUGUCCGUGUUGCUUUCAGAAUCGGACCGAGAGGCACUGCGGAGUGCUGAUCCGAAGUUCCAGAAAACAGGUCUGUUUUUCAGACCGGAGGACCUCAAGGAGUAUAAUGCGUUUAUGGCCUUGUGGAAGCUGCAAGGUUAUCUCAAUGAGGACGCUCAAUUUGGUGAUGCGCAUAAGGUCGAUUGA